AUGAAUCCCAUGACAAAUGUGAAAAACAUAAAAAAAUUAAGCGAAGAAGAAUUAAAAGGAAGAUACAAAACUUCAUGGCAUGAACAGUACAAAGAUAGUGCUUGGGUUUUUGUCGGAGGUUUGCCAUAUGAUUUAACAGAAGGAGACAUCAUUUGUGUUUUUUCACAGUUUGGCGAACCAGUCAAUAUAAAUUUAGUAAGAGAUAAAGAUUCAGGGAAAUCGAGAGGAUUUUGUUUUUUAUGUUAUGAAGAUCAGAGAUCGACAAACUUAGCAGUAGAUAAUUUAAAUGGUGUUAAGAUAUUAGGAAGAACCAUUCGAGUUGAUCAUGUUGAAAAUUAUAAACCACCAAAAAAUAACAAAGGUUAG